ACUUUAAUUGCCAGAAUUUGCCCCCUUAUUUGACGCAAGUUUUUAUUUUUUUAUUAAUUAUUUAAAUUAAAAAAUUAUUGUAAAUAAAUGGAAACGUUCUUUUUUAAAUUGUUCCUGAUUUGCUGGUUUAUAGAGCGUAAUAAUGCUCUGAAAUCCUCAAAUAGCAAUUUAUUGCCGAUGUACUAUAUUUCGGGAGGAAAUCGAGAGCCAUCUACAUUUAAAUUGGUCAGCUACAUUGUUUCAAUACGUUCACGUAAUCCACAAAGGUAUUUUGGAGAUAAUCACUUUUGUGCAGGCACGAUUAUAUCGAAAACGGCCGUUUUGACAUCGGCCCAUUGUGUAAUGGAUAAAAGAAGAGUAUUAACUCGAGCACGCCGUUUACUGCUAGUGGCUGGAACACCUAAUCGUUUAGUGCCCAUAGCAACAACCAUACAAUUUCCUGCGAAAAGUGUAACGGCUAAUACAAACUAUAUACGCAACAAUAAAGAUGAUAUAGCAAUAAUUCAUUUGAAAGGAGAAAUUCCAGAGGAUAAUGAAAAUAUACAAAUUAUUAAAAUGCCAACGGGACCACCUGUGUAUAAUACAAGUUGCAUUAUCAUAGGUUGGGGACGAAUGAUAGUGAAAGGUCCUUUAGCCGUUUUACCCUUACAUGUCAAUGUCAGGCUAUAUGAACCAUCGGAAUGUAAAUAUUUUCUAGGCGAACAUUAUCAUGAAGGUACUUUAUGUGCUGGUGAUAGUUUGAAUUACGACGAAGAUCCUUGCCGUGGUGAUAGUGGUGGGCCUUUGAUCUGUAAUAAUGAGUUAACGGGUGUUAUUUCUUGGACUAUAGGUUGUGGUAGUAAUCGUGUGCCCAGUUUAUAUACGGAUGUUUGGUAUAAUCGAGAAUGGAUUGAAAAACAUUUGAAUGCUGGUUUCAGGGUUAGUGUUAUAAAUAAACUUGUUAUUUCGUUUUCAUUUAUUGUAAUUUUUUCCAUCUAAUAAAUUUAAUAGAAAGUUCUGUA